UCGACGAGUACAAGCGUGGGAGUUCAGGGAAUCGACUGAAGACAUGAAGCGUCUAAGAGACGGAAGGCAAGCUCGGCCCCUACGGGCAAAUGGUGAUACGACGGGACACCCUAGCGGAGACCAGCAGCCUGAAGUCCCGGCACCUGCCGACGAACCAACGACACACCGGACUCGCGGCUGGAUCGUCGACCCCAAUGGGCCAUCCGCCUCCCGUCAAGCCCAGCUGAGGCGGGUCGGAGAGAAGACACUUCGACAACAGGACAGGAUGCCAUGGUGCCGGCGCGCGGCAGCCAUCCAAGGGUGGAUCGAUCAACAAACCCAGGGCCCGGGGACCGACGCAGAAGAGGAAGUAGAGCCCGAUGGCCGCUUCGCAACCGCAGGUGUCCGCUCGGCGCCCAAUCACGACGUCGCCGCCCUGAAUCGCCGUUGGUUCGGGAGUUAUGGGGCUGCCAUCGACGACGACAACGCGACCACGGACACCGACGAGCACGAGACGAUAAUACGCGACGCUCAAAGCCUGGCGUCCACGCUGCAGGACGGAGGGAACCGACACCCACUGGCUCGCGGGAACGAAUGGGACUCGCCCCUUUGGGCCGAGUGGAACCUGGCCGGUCAAGGUCGGGCAGCCACCCCUCUAGCAGUACACGACGAGGACGAAUCCGGGGACGGUGCUGGACCACACUACUCCGACGUGUCCCACGCAAGCGAUGCAGGGGAAGGAGUAGGACCCCAACGCGACGACGGAGGGUCCGAUUCCAGGUCCCUCACGAGCCUGGGCUUCGCGCCCCAGGCGAACCAGCAGUGGGCACCAGCCAACCCAUCGGUGUCAGAUGACGUCCCGCCUCCCUUCGUAGCCGCCCACGCCGGACUACCCCCACAACGUCCCGAUGAGGGAGUAGUUGACUUCGACUCCGAAGAGAGCCUCCCGCUGGAGUAUGGCGAGAUGGCCGACCUGCUGCAGAUCCUCCGACUCCACCCUACGGUAGCCGCGGUGCAGGACGACCCGGAAUGGGCAGAGGCUCCCCCCGAAUGGCGGACCAACGCGCCAGGUCGGCAGUUGCCCCGGGACCUCAUAUCCAACAUCACCGUAUUCUUACGCGAUCGAGCCUACCGACUGGGAGUCCGGCGACUGGAGGUCCAUGACGGCACUUGCUUUCGCAUCAAAAUUACCCGCAGCCGGGCCGUCACCGUCACUCUUCGGCACCCCGAAGUAUGGAGGUGGUGUGAGGGAGCGUAUGCUCCACCCACAUUUUUCCGCCCAUCAGCUCGCCGGCAUUUUCCCAUUGGAGGGACCCGGACCUACGUUAUUUGAAUUAAGAUUUUGACUUUUCUUCGUUUUCUAGGUUUAAGCAUUGACUUUUCAGUUUAAGGUUAAGGGGGGAAGGGGGAAGGCCACGAAGGCUACAUGGUAUUAAUUUUAUAUAUAAUACGGCCCGAGGGGU